AUCAGAUUAUAACGGAGAAGACCAUCACUUCACGACUGUCGGACCUAGGGGUUUUAUCAACAUAGAGAAAAUAUAUCGCACCCAGGCAGUCAUGGACCAUAUAUCUAUGUGCCAUCAGCAUUAUCAUAGUCGGAAUCGUCUUUCGCCGACAGUUAGACUCAUCGAUUAUCUUAAGUCGUCAACCGUAAACGUACAACGCGUUCUAGCGUUCAGGCCCCCAGAAAAAGUCGAAUUGGAUGCCGAAUAUGACUGUGAUGUAGACGAAUACCACCCUGUACAGCCCCUAGUGCACGACCAUGGCGUUAGCUUCGUCUGUCUGUCGUCACCUCUAACGAAAAUUGAUCAACACGUUAUACAGAUCCUUCACCAUGGAAGUACUUGCGUUCUCUGGGAAGGUAUCGAGGGUCCCUCGCAACCGACAGGUGUCAAAGGCUUCUUGCUAUAUCUCAGGUUAGAUAGAUCAUUAACAACCCUCACUUGGGUACGGCCAAGUUGGAGCGGUCUUAAGUCAGGAACCACCAACGAGGCAGAUCCAUUCUCAACGGAUUUCAACUUGUCCUUCAACCCCGAAGAGACGUUAGCUCCAGGACUACUGACCAAGUUGGCUUUGCAAUCUACCGGCGAGCAGAGUACGGGAACCACGUUAGAUGAUGGCUUUCUCGAUCUUAUGGCCAUAAAAGAAGUCCAUCUUGGAGGAAGGGAUGCCGAAAAGGAGUUUGAGUUAUCGAACAUGGCAAGGCGAUAUGGUCUUAUUCACGAAUCCGGUAACGAAUGUGCCCUAACCAUACUUUAUGGUUAUGGUUUGAGCGACAACAGGCUUUUGUACAUAGUUUGUCCACCUGUAGUAUGUAGGGUAUGGUUUAAUGGAUUAAAUUGGUUAAUCCGCGGUUUAUCGAGACAACAAGCACUCUGUGAUAGAAGACUGUUAUGGUUAAGAGAACAAUAUAUGCAGCUAUACCAUGAAGAUGGUUACUGUUGCGGUCCAUUGGCUGCGGAUGCAAUCCGGUCUUUCGGUGGAAGAGAUUGGUCUCUUGCUGGCGUGACGAGUUCUGGCGGACCAGCUGGUGAAUCCUCAGGAGCAUUGAGGAGAGAAGUAUCAAUGAAAAUCAAGAAAAAACAACUUUUAAGUAACCAAACAUUCAAGGACCGGAGUUUGCGUUCCCAAUUCGUAGAACCAACGACUAUGUGCAUGGAAAGUAGUUAUUGGAGAAAUCCCACACAUCAUCGGCAAUCGACCCCGACAACAUUUGCUGAACAUCAGCAUGACGUUUAUAGACAUCACAGUCUGGGUCAGCUCGCCUAUAACUGCUCACAACCAAAAUUCGACAGGGACAGACACGGCUCAACAGAGCACCUAUGGCAUGGCAGGCAUCCACGGGUCGGCUCAAUCCUGUACGAUACUCAACUAGAUUUCAUAGAUUUCGUAACGCUUUUUCGUUCCUUUAGUUUAUUGAUUCGAAAAGAUUUGAGAGAUCUAUUCGAACAAUUGGCAAUAUCUUAUAGAAGUAUGGCUGUGAAUACAAGUAAGAUUAACGGUGUGAAAUCCAAAGUCGAUCAACCAAAGAAACCACAAAGAUUCGGUUUAUUAACAAGGAAUAGUAGACAAGAACUAGAAGGUGCGGUGAUGAAUUCUCAAAAGAAGAUAUUCGAUGCCAUUGCGGCUGCAAGUAUUUUCACGAAUUGCGCUGGAAUUGACACCAACAACUCACAAGUCAUCACAAUGUCUACGUUCACAAAAUUUCUGGAAACGAGGCAAAUGGAGAUUUGGACCGAAGAUCAAGUGAAAGCUCUGAUAUAUAGGCAUGAACCAGAUCCUAGCCUUCGUGUCCAGAAUUGUCUGUCAUUCGAAGGAUUCGCUAGAUACCUCAUGGACAAAGACAAUUUUGCAUUCGUCUCCGAAAGGGAGGUUCCUAAGGAAAGUGAUAUGGCUCGUCCUAUGUCAACAUACUACAUAUCUUCAUCCCACAAUACGUACCUAACUGGUCAUCAACUCAAAGGUGAAUCGUCUGUGGAACUAUAUAGUCAGGUUUUACUGACUGGAUGCAGAUGCGUAGAGCUAGAUUGUUGGGAUGGGGAUGAUGGAUAUCCCAUGAUCUACCAUGGACAUACUUUCACCACAAAAAUUCCAUUCAGUGCUGUUGUCGAGACCAUCGAAAGGAAUGCAUUCGCCACAUCACCGUACCCAGUGAUUUUAUCGAUUGAAAAUCACUGCUCCUUGCAGCAGCAAACAAGAAUGGCCCAUAUUUUUCAGAGAAUAUUCGGAGAAAAACUCGUCACAAAUUUCCUUUUCGAAUCAGAUUAUAGUGAUGAACCAUCGUUGCCUUCACCGGAGCAAUUGAAACAUAGGAUACUAAUAAAAAAUAAGAAGUUAGUUAUGGAAGUGCCUGCGCCAUUGAGUUUCGCUACAAUGUCGACCCCCAUGAGACCUGGCAGUGGAGGAUUAAGACACUCCGUGCCCGGCAGAACCAGUUCUAUCAUCAGCAAUACCAGUAGUAGCUCGUUCAAUGACGAUUUCAGCGAUGAUGACUACGACGAUGAUGACGAUGAAGAUAACAUAGACGAGAAGCCCAUUCAUGGAAUAAACAUAACAGAUUCGCCCAGAACAUAUGGAGUAGCCCAUGCGGUUUCCAAAACCAGCUCCCAGAAAAGAACUGCUCCCGAUGAUAAAUUGAAGAAGAAGAGUAGUCAGAUAUCGAAAGAACUAUCCGACAUGGUCAUAUAUGUUCAGGCCAUAAAAUUCCGCGGAUUGAAUACAAUAUCUCCAAGUAGUUCGGUGAAACAACGUCAAAAAGCGAUCACUUGUUCAGUGAGUUCCAGCGCAACUUCGGGAAUCAGUUCAGCAUCCAACAUUAGCUCUGGAACGACAAGCGAGUCCGACACCACAAUUUUCGAAUCGGAAAUCCAAAAACCUCGACCGAACGUAAACCUUCCUUGCUACCAGUGUUCUUCCAUCAACGAAAAUACUGCAAAAAAGCUAUGCAGAAAACAACCUCUAGCAUUGAUAGCACACACCCAAACUCAACUUAUGCGAACGUAUCCAGCUGGUAUGCGGAUAGAUUCAUCGAACUUCAAUCCGGUUAUAUUUUGGUCUUUUGGAAUACAGAUGUCUGCUUUGAAUUACCAAACUGAGGACACAGCCAUGCAGCUCAACAACGCCCUUUUCGAAACGAAUGGAAAAUGUGGUUAUGUUAGCAAACCUAACGUCAUGUGGGACCGAUCGCAUGUAAUGUACAGAAGAUUCAACCCAUGGGAUAAGGAAUUUGAUGGCAUACACUCGUCACAAAUAGUUAUCAACAUUGUAUCUGGCCAAUAUGUUAGUCAAGGAAAUGUCAAUCUCAGCACCUACGUGGAAGUAGAAAUAAUUGGUAUACAAGUUGAUUGUAACAAACAAAAGACAAAAAUCAUACAAAAAAAUGCUCUCAAUCCCAUAUGGAAUGAUACUUUCCACUUCAGAGUGAUGUUCCAGGAUCUGGCCUUCUUAAGAUUCACCGUGAUGGAUGCUACCAGUAACCACCUCUUGGCUCAAAGAAUGUUGCCGCUGAAGUGUCUCAAGCCAGGUUACAGACAUUUGAGGUUGAGGUCACCCCAAAAUAAGAGCCUCAACAUGUCAACUCUAUUUAUUUAUUCAAGAGUUGAGGAGGAAAGUUUGGAGAAUACUGAGAGUAGAGAUGGCAUUUCAGAAAGACCACCUCAACCGGAAACCAAUCUUUGCGAAUCUGCUAAACCAGAUAGCACAUUUUUGGGUAUUUCUGGGACACCCCUGUAUGUUAAAAGACGGAUGUUUUUCCUCAUGGUUUACGGAGUAGUAUCGGAGGAACCGUAUACGAUUUUGAAAAUCACCCAAGAAAGUACAACGCAAGACGUGUUGCUUCUUUGUCUGCAAAAAGCUGCCAUCACCCCCAACAAAGUUAACGACUACAUUCUGGUAGAAGAAGUCGCGAGAGGUUGGGAAAAAAAGGACCAUAACUUACCGGCCACACAACGCAUCCUUGACCUACAUGAGAGACCUCUACAAGCACAAUCCCAGUGGAAAGGAGAGGGCAGAUUCAUUCUCAAGAGGAUGGGUGAUGAUCCCAGCAGCAGAGCAUGGUUGUCUUCAAUCCGGAGUGUAGCCAACCGGGAAAGAGAAGCUAGGAAAACAGACGGAGCUCCAAGCAAUGCAUGGGAGGAGAAUGACACAUUUCUAGUCUGUAUAUACAAUGUUUCACCAGAAAUACCAUACGCCAUCCUCAAAGUUCCAUUGAACGCUUGCGCCCAGGACGUUCUGGCUCAAUCUCUUGUGAAGGCUCGACGACUCGAAGAUCCUAUGAAUUUCGUUAUUGUGGAGGAGCUGGAAUGGGGUGGUUUGAGCCACAAUAUUCAGCAACGCGCUCUGGCGGACGACGAGAACGUGUACAGUGCUCAGUCGCAUUGGCAAACCAUCGGGAGAUUUAUUAUGCAGGAACGUGCUAACGCCACGCCCACGUCUCUGCGGAAAAACAGGAUCACGUCCAGCCUGCGGUUAGCUACGCUGGACAGAAUAAGCAGAGGAUUGAACGUGGCUCGGAACGUCGCCUCCAACAGCAUGAAAAUGCCGGUGCAAGUGGCGUUGAGUGAUCCAACAACUUCCAAAUGGAAGAGCAAAUCGGGGGAUGAUUCUAAAGGGAGGUCCGGAUCCCGAAACAAGUCGAACUCGGAUAAAGAUUCGGCGGCUCCGACCUCUUCAAAGAAGGGUGAUGCGAUGAGGGAGGUGCACUCAGAGGGUGAGACAUUGAGUGACGAUGAGACGAAAGACUCUGACUUGAUGUCGAGAUUGAAAAAAGUGUCGUUACGAAAAUUCAAAGAAUGGAAAUCGUGACUUCUGGAAUAAAAGUGGGACUGGUAUUAGGCUAAUCACUACUCACGAUUUCUAUGAUCACAGGGAUAUUUCUGCCGAGACUGAUGUUUUUGGUCUCACAGAGGUAAAUUGUCUCACUGAAACCUCAUAUCACUGAAUUCACACAUACUUUUUCUGAUAAUAUUGAGUUGGCGUCUUUAUUUUUAUUCGUUCUUCUGUUGCCAAAUUAAUUGUUUUCAAGAUUAUUAUCCAAUAAAUUUCGAAAUGUGUUCUGAUAAGAAAACAAUUUUCAAGUUAAAGCUUUUAUAUUCACCAGUUUGUUAGUUUCGGUCUAUGCGACAUAUGCGGGUGGUACCAGAGUUUAUUUUUCAAUAAGACAUUUUCGAUUUUUUAAUCUCUCAAUUAUUGCCUUGAAAUAGUAUGAGAGAAAAUAUUGGUAAGAGGCAGAUCAAAAAUAUCCAUCAUUUAGGUCCAUUCAGACACACGUAUCUUCACAUUCUAUUAUUCAACCACUUGUUAUUCCUUUUUUGCUUAGAAAGAUGUAUAUAUUUACCAGGCUAUCACCAAUAUUUUGAUUGACAACACAACUGAAUAUCUCAAACCUGUUUGAACAAUAAACUCUUCCACGAAACAUGUCAACAAAAUUCAAAAAAGUCACACCCACCAUUUAGUGUGAAUCAGAAACUUUGAGUAAGUCUUUAGCUACAAUAUAUUUACUAUUUAUUCUUCAAAUAACUAAGUAUACUUUAUUAUUUGUUAAUCAUUAAACAUUUCCAUAAUAUGUAAUGGAAUUGCCCAACUCUUGAUGAAAAUCCACAACGUAUUGAAGUAAAACUGUGAGAUAGUUUGCACAUCGUUCCGAAGAGACCAUGCUCGGUACUGAUGAUGAGGCAAUCACCCCGAAACCGGUCUAUCGGUUGGUCGGAUCGACCAAACGAAAUUAAUUUCUGC